UGAUGGACUAACAAUUUGAGAGUUAUCCAAUUUAGGAAAACAAUUAAGACAUAUAAGAGGUAUAAAUCACAGAAAUAUGUUAGAUGAUUUUAAAAUAACUUCAAUAAUAAGCAUUUACUAAUUAUAUUUCCAGUACUUAAUAGAAAGAAAGAAAUUUAUUAAGCGAGAAUAUUAAAUUGAAGGAAGACAAUUAUAAAUUGUAAGAAAAGGUUAAUAUGCUUGAGAUAAAACAAGAAGAACUCGUUAAUGAAGUUAAUUAUUUAUAUAUUACAUUUAGAUUUAAGAUCUUAGACAACUAGUAAAGAGAGUUUAUAAUGAAGGGGAAAUACAUGCUGAAAAGUUAAGAAUGAAGAAUGUAUUAAUUAUGAUUGAAUUAUUAGAUGGAAUUAAUACAAUAAAAUGAAACCUUAUCAAAAGGAUUAAAGAAUUUAUAAAAUAAUAUGGAGUGUUUUUCAAGUAUAAAAUAAAUGAGUGAAUUUUAUGAGAAUGUAGAAGAACUAGAUGAAAUAUAUUAAGAAGAAGAUAACUGAG